AUGCAUCGACCCGAAACCUUGAAGAUCGAUUUCUCAAGGUGCAAGGGAGCCGAUGAAGACUCCCUUUUGAAAUGGUUCGUCGAGUUAGACGAUGCCAUCAGGGCGCCUCACAUCGAGGGUGACGAGAUGCAAGUCACCUUCGCCCUGUCAAAUUUGACAGGACCAACAAAGACUUGGGCCUUAGGGCUCAAGCUUCACGACCCAAACGUGUUUGAGUCGUUGGAGAUCUUGAAGUCUCGGCUUAAAGAGACGUUUGAGCCGCCGAGAGCCGAGUUCAGAGCACGCUCUGCACUCUUGAGGCUCAAGCAAGGUACGCGUGAUGUGCACGCUUACGCACAGCACCUGCGCUACCUUGCGAGUAGCGUUACGGAAAACCCUGUUGAUGAGUGCACGCUCAUCAACGUGUUCAUCUACGGCCUUGUAGAUGGGCCGGUGAAGACCUAUAUGUUCCGAGAGGACUUCCAUACGCUGGAAAAGGCAAUAGCGUAUGCGGAACAGGAAGACUUCAGCCUGAGACAGUCUCAGUAUAACUUGUCAAACUAUCGUCCGACGAGACGACAGGAAACAGGAGGUCCCGAACCAAUGGACCUCGGUUAUGUUUUCUGGAGUGAUAAAUCUCUCUCUCUGGUGCACAAGCGAACGGCAAGAUGCCAUGGCUGUCAGAAGAUUGGACACUACGCUCAUGAGUGUAGUGUCCCGAGCACUGCAACACGUCUGAAGACAGGACGUGAUGACCGCCGUUGGCCAAGGAAGGGUCUGAGGCGUGGGUCCGACCAUGUCGCUAAGCCGAGACAGCAAGUCGGACUGUCAAAAAACUGUCAGGGUCAGUAG